AUGACAACACAAGCACCGACGUUCACGCAGCCGCUGCAGAGCGUCGUGGCACUUGAGGGUAGUGCCGCGACGUUCGAGGCUCAAGUUAGUGGUUCUCCAGUUCCUGAGGUGAGCUGGUUCCGUGAUGGCCAGGUUCUUUCUGCCGCCGCUCUGCCCGGCGUUCACAUCUCGUUCAGCGACGGCCGCGCUGUUCUGAGGAUCCCCGCUGUGACCGCCGCACACAGCGGACGCUUUUCCGUCAGAGCCACCAACGGAGCCGGUCAGGCCACCAGCACUGCCGAACUGCUGGUUACAGCCGAGACGGCGCCUCCAAACUUUGUCCAGAGACUGCAGAGCUCCACAGUGAGACAGGGCAGCCAGGUCAGGCUGGAUGUCCGAGUCUCCGGGAUCCCCACCCCUACCGUCAAGUUCUACCGAGAGGGAGCCGAGAUCCAGAGCUCCACCGAUUUCAGGAUCCUCCAGGACGGAGACCUGUACAGCCUGGUGAUUGCAGAGGCCUUCCCCGAGGAUUCUGGGACUUACUCUGCAACAGCCACCAACAGCAGCGGACGGGCCACGUCUACUGCCGAGCUGCUGGUCCAAGGUGAGGAGCACACCGUUCCAGCAAAGAAAACCAAGACAGUGAUUUCCAGCACUCAGAUCUCACAGACCCGACAAACCCGAGUGGAGAAGAGGAUGGAAGCCAGUUUCCAGGCCACAGCCAUGGUGCAGAUGCACGUGGAAGGCGCCGAAGUGACUCAACAGCUGGCCCACAAGACUCCACCCAGAGUCCCCCCGAAACCCACAUCGAAGUCCCCCACGCAGGCCUCGCUGGUCGCCAAGGUGGCCACAGGACGCCAGCAGUCACCAUCGCCUGUCAGACAUGUGAAAGCUCCCACGCCCACGCCCGUCAGGUGAGUGCAGUCCGUGGUUUUUGGUUGUUGGCCGUCUGCAGCUCAACUGAAGUUUGGGAUGUUCUCCGGCAGGCCUGUGAAGUCCCCCAUCACCACCAGGAAGCAGGUGGCCGUCGGCGCUGACGUCCUGCCGCCAUGGAAGCAGGGAGACUACACCGCCGAGUCCACCACCACUGUGACCCGCCUGGUCCAGGAACAGGUGGUCACCGGGGUCAGACAGGCUGAGGGAGGGAAGCGAGCCGGCGCGGUGGCCACCGUGGUGGCAGCCGUCGACCUUGCUCGCGUGCGUCAGCCGAUGCAUGUUGAGGGAGGUCGAGCAGAGGAGCAGGAGGCGCGGGAGGAGCGGGAGGAGCAGGCCAUAGAGGUGGAGUUCAGGCACAUAACUCCAUCUGCUCAGGAGUUUCCACCUGAAGCCACCCAGCCCCUGCCUCAGAUUCAAACGUCCCCUCAUGUGGACGCUGUCCCAUCUCCUGUCCCCCAUUUCACCGUCUCUAAAGUCUCCGUCCCCAAAGUCGAGUCUAGCUGUGAGGUUUCCAUUGCCGGCUCAGCCAUUGCCACUCUGCAGAAAGAGCUGUCCACGUCCCACGUCCGAAAGAUCAUCACACCCGUCAAGUCUCCGAGUCCAUCUCGUAAACCAGCGGAGACCCUACACGCCUCAGUGGAGUCUGUCCCCCCUCCGUUCAGAGGCCUUGCCCACCAACAAUUGGUGGCAGAGUCCGCCCCCCCUUCGAUCCACAAAUUUGAGAGUCUCCUGGGCAGCCAGUUACAGACACAGGUGCUGGAGGCCCAGUUCCAGGUGGUUGAGGCAGCAGCCGUCCCAUCUGCAGGGGGCGCCGUGGUCCCACCAACCCUGCUGUCUGGCCUGAAGAACGUGACGGUGACGGAGGGCGAGUCGGUGACCCUGGAGUGUCAGAUCGAAGGCCACCCGGCGCCCGUCAUCAUGUGGUUCAGGGAGGACUUCAAGAUCGAGACCUCCAUCGACUUCCAGAUCAGCUACCAGAACGGCUUCGCCCGCAUGGUGAUCCGCGAGGCCUUCGCUGAAGACAGCGGCCGCUUCACCUGCACCGCCACCAACGAGGCGGGAACCGUCAGCACCUCCUGCUACCUGCUGGUCCAGGUUUCUGAGGACAUUGAGAGCAGAGAGGAGGGUGCUGCCAUCAGCCAUGUUGAAACUGAAGAAAAACUAAUGACCCGAGAAGAGGAGGUGAGCGUGGCCGAGCCGGAUGCCGCCCCCGCCGCGCCCUUCUUCAUCCACAAACCCACCGUGCAGAAGCUGGUGGAGGGAGGCAGUGUGGUGUUCCAGUGCCAGGUGGGAGGAAGUCCCAAGCCACACAUCAUCUGGAAGAAGAGCGGCGUGCCGCUCACCACCGGAUACAGAUACAAAGUAGCUUACAAGAAGGAGACUGGCGAGUGCCGGCUGGAGAUCUCCAUGACGUUCGCCGAUGACGCCGGAGAGUACUCUGUGUUUGCCAAAAACCAGCUGGGAGAGGUGUCGGCCUCCGUCAGCCUGCUGGAGGAAGAGGAAUACGAAGUCUACAUGAAGAAACAAGAAGCAACCUUCAAAACCGAAGUGACAGCUGUGGUCCAAGAACCCAAAGUGGGAGAUGUUCCAUCAGUCGUCUUGAUGCCAGCGAAGGAAAUGAUCAGCACCACGUCCAUCACCACCACUACUGUCAUCUCUGGACAGGAGUUCCACCUGUCUGCCAUUGAACUGAGGAUCAUCCAGGAGAUCGAGCUCCGCAUCAUGAGGAUCUCCUACAGAGAGCUGGUGACGGAGGACGGAGAGCUGGUGGUGACCGUCGCUGACGAGGAGGCGGUGCAGCCGGCCUUCGACACACCUGUGAAGAACUACAGGAUCAUGGAGGGGAUGGGUGUCACUUUCCAUUGCAAGAUGGCAGGAGCGCCACUCCCGAAGAUUGCGUGGUACAAAGAUGGCCAACGCAUCAGGUCCGGCGAUCGCUACCAGAUGGAGGUUCUCCAGGACGGACGAGCCAGCCUCCGCCUGCCCGUGGUGCUGCCGGAGGACGAGGGCGUGUACACCGCCUUCGCCACCAACAUGAAGGGAAACGCGGUGAGCUCUGGGAAGCUGUACGUGGAGUCAUCCGGAGCUCAGAGGUACACACCACAGCCGGCUGUGCAGAGGAUCCGCUCCACCUCCCCUCGCUCUCUGAGCCGCUCACCCGGACGCUCUCCCAGUCGCUCUCCUGGACGCUCACCCGCUCGUCGGCUCGAUGAGACCGACGAGGCUUCACUGGAAAGACUCUACAAACGUUUUGUCAUGAAGCCUUCCUCGUGUAAAUGCUCUGAGGGACAAACUGCCAGAUUUGACUUGAAGGUUGUUGGUAGACCGAUGCCCGACACCUACUGGUUCCACAACGGGCAACAAGUGAUUAGUGACCACACCCACAAGAUUGUUGUGAAGGAGGACGGUACUCAGUCUCUCAUCAUCGUCCCGGCCAUGCCUCAUGACUCCGGGGAGUGGACUGUCGUGGCUCAGAACAGAGCUGGACGUUCAACCAUCUCCGUCACUCUCACUGUUGAUGCCAAAGAAACUCUGGUGCGUCCGCAGUUCACAGAGAAACUGAGAAACAUUAGCGUGAAACAGGGAACGCUGGUCGAACUGGCGGUCAAAGCCAUGGGAAACCCGCUGCCAGACAUCGUGUGGCUCAAAAACAGCGAUAUCAUCACGCCGCACAAACAUCCAAACAUCAAGAUUGAAGGAACGAGAGGAGAAGCCAAAUUCCAGAUCCCUUCAGCCUCAGGCGCAGACAGCGCCUGGUACACAGCAACAGCCAUCAACAAAGCCGGACGAGACACCACCCGCUGUAGGGUCAACGUGGAAGUGGAAUACGCCGAACCAGAGCCAGAAAGGAAGCUCAUCAUCCCCAAAGGAACUUACAAAGCCAAAGAGAUCGCACCUCCGGAGGUGGAGCCACUCCACAUGCGCUACGGUCAGGAGCAGUGGGAGGAGGGCGACCUUUAUGACAAAGAGAAGCAGCAGAAACCGCAGUUCAAGAAGAAGCUGACCUCAGUCCGCAUGAAGCGCUUCGGUCCAGCUCACUUCGAGUGCAGGCUGACACCCAUCGGCGACCCCAACAUGGUGGUGGAGUGGCUGCACGACGGCAAACCUCUGGCCGCCGCCAACAGGCUGCGUAUGGUCAAUGAGUUCGGCUACUGCAGCCUCGACUACGAAGUAGCUUACGCCAGAGACAGCGGCGUCAUCACCUGCAGAGCCACCAACAAGUUUGGAGUAGACCAGACCUCGGCCACCCUGAUCGUGAAGGAUGAGAAGGGCCUGGUGGAGGAGACACAGCUGCCCGAGGGCAGAGUCCACCGCAUCGAUGAGAUGGAGCGCAUGGCUCAUGAAGGCGGACCUUACGGAGUCACCACCGAAGAAGAAACGGAGAAACUCAAACCAGAGAUUGUUCUGGUCCCUGAACCCGUAAGAGUUCUGGAGGGUGACACAGCACGAUUCCGCUGCAGAGUGACCGGUUAUCCCGCUCCCAAGGUUAACUGGUACCUCAACGGACAGCUCAUCCGCAAAAGCAAGAGAUACAGACUUCGCUAUGAUGGUAUUUACUACCUGGAAAUCACUGAGAUCAAGUCCUACGAUGCAGGAGAGGUCAAAGUGGUGGCUGACAACAACCUGGGAACAACUGAGCACACAGUGAAGCUGGAGAUCCAGCAGAAGGAAGACUUCAGGACUCAUCUACGCCGUGCCCCCGAGGCCAAAGCGGCUGAAGCUGCAGCCGAAUCUGGAAGGACCCCGUUUGAGGUGAUUAAGGUGGAGAAAACUGCAGAGGACUCUCAGCUGAAAGAGGUGGUCAAGCUGAAGACCCAGAGAAUCAUCCACGAAAAAUCUACAGAAGAGUCCGAGGAGCUGAGGAGCAAGUUUAAGCGCAGAACAGAGGAAGGCUACUACGAGUCCAUCACCGCUGUUGAGCUUAAGUCCCGUAAAAGGGACGACUCCUAUGAGGAUUUGCUGAAAAAGACCAAGGAAGACCUGCUGCAUCACGCCAAAGAGAAGGAGGAGGCUGAGAAGAGAAGGGAUGGAGCGCCUAAAGUUACCGCCAAACCUCUGAAACCUGAAAGAGUCAAGCUCUCCGCCAUGGAAGCUCCCAAGAUCCUUGGCGCAUCACCAGCCAGACUGUUGGCACAGGGCGACGAAGUCAAGUUCAGAGUGCGCGUGUGGUGCCGGCCGGAGCCCGACCAGUGGUUCAAGAACGGCGUCCAGCUGGAGAAGACGGACCGCGUUUACUGGUUCUGGCCUGAAGACCACGUGUGUGAGCUGGUGAUCAGAGACGUGAGGGCCGAGGACUCGGCCAGCAUCAUGGUGAAGGCCACAAGCAAAGCUGGGGAGACUUCAAGUCAUGCCUUUUUGUUGGCAAGGUAUAAACCUGUGAUCAGCUUCACACAGAAGCUGGAAGACGUCAAUGCUAAGGAGAAGGACACCAUGGCAACCUUUGAGUGUGAAACCAACGAACCAUUUGUCAAGGUCAAAUGGAUGAAGAACAACAUGGAGAUCUUCUCUGGAGAUAAAUACCGGAUGCACUCUGAAAAGGUCCACUUCCUGUCUGUGCUGGUGAUCGAGAUGAGGGACGAUGCAGAGUACUCCUGUGUGGUCAUCGACGAUGACACUGUCCGGACCACUGCCAAACUAAUUAAAGUGGAGGGAGCUCCUCUGGAGCUGGGAAGCAGCUGGAGAGCACCGAGGCCAGAGACCUACACGGCAGAGUUUGAAUGCGAGGUGCGUGACGCUGAAGGUAGCUGGUUCUUCGGAGAAAAGCCACUUCAUCCCAGUGGGAAAUACGUCAUGUCGUCACGCCGUGGGAGACACACCCUGUCUGUGAAGGACGUAAAGAAGGAGGACCAGGAAUACACCUUCAAAGUGGGCGUCCAGACCAGCGCCUCUCUGAAGAUGAAAUUCCGUCCAGUUACCCUAAUACAGCCCCUGGCCGACCUGACCGUCUGCGAGGGUGACAUCGCCCAGCUGGAGGUCAAGUUCUCUCAGGAGAACGUGGAAGGAACCUGGUUGAAGAACGGCCAGCCUGUCGUUGCCUCCGGCCGUGUGCACAUGGUCAUUGACAAGCAGGUCCACAAGCUCCUGAUCGAGGACACCGUCAAGGAUGACCACGGGACGUACUCUUCCAUCCCCGCUCAGGAGAUCUCCACCUCGGCCAAGCUGGUCGUACAGACCAUCGGCAUCCUGAUUCCCCUGAAGGACAAGCCCGUGGAGGGAACAAAAGCUGGGUCCGGAGGCCAGAUCUCAGCUCAGGACAUCAGCUCCGUCAAGUGGUACCACGAUGACAAACUGCUGACCCCCAGCGAGCUCCAGAUAGUGCCCAAGGGCUCGAAGCAGCGACUGGUGUUCAACCGCACCUAUGCCUCUGAAGGACGUUACAAGCUGGUGGUGGGCCGAGCCGACACCAGCUGCAAUUCACCGUUCAGCAUUGUGAGCCCCAUGAAGGAUAAGGAGUGCGCCGAGUCCGAGAAUGUUACCUUCGAGGUGGAGGUUUCUCACCCAGGCGUCGACGCCUUCUGGACCUUCAAGAGGCAACCACUCAAAGCCGGCGCCAAACACAAGAUGGAGUCCAAGAACAAGCGCCACACCCUGACGGUCAUUAACGCCAUGAAGGACGAAGAGGGAGAGUACAUGUUCGCGGCUGGCGAGAAGAUGUGCACUGCCAUGCUCACCGUGACAGGUGGCGCCAUCAAGAAACCGCUCCGUGAUUUGGUGGUGGCCGAUUCGCAGACUGCAGUGCUGGAGUGCGAAGUGGCCAACCCGUCCUCGGAGGGCCGGUGGCUGAAGGACGGUCAGCCUGUUGACCUGAAUGAGAAUGUGCUGGCAGAGUCUGACGGCGUCGUCAGACGCCUCGUUAUCAUCAUCACCAAGGCCACUGACGUCGGAGAGUACACCUUCCAGGUUGCCACCUCCAAGACCUCCGCCACCCUGAAGGUUGAAGCUGUAAAGGUCAAGAAGACCCUGAAGAACCUGACUGUGGUCCAGACUCAGAACGCUGUGUUUAGUCUGGAGCUGACCCACGAGAAUGUGAGAGGAGCGCAGUGGAUCAAGAAUGGUGUUGAGAUCCAGCCCAGCGACAAAUAUGAGAUCUCCAUCGAAGGCACAGUCCACUCCCUGAAGAUCAACAACUGCUCCACCCAGGAUGAGUCCGUGUACUCCUUCAAGCUGGGAAAACUUUCCGCCAAUGCCAGACUGAACAUCGAAACCAUCAAAAUCCUGAAGAAGCCAAAAGAUGUGACCUCUCUGCUGGGUGCGACUGUCGCAUUUGAGGUCGGCAUCUCUGAAGAUGACAUCCCAGUCAGAUGGAUGUUCAACAAUGUGGAGCUGAGGCCCAGUGAGCACUACGCGAUGCUCUCUGAGAAGAAGAAUCACAAACUGAUUGUCCAAGAUGUAGACAGCAGCAAAGAGGGCGUCUACACCGCCAUGGUCGGACACCUGCAGUGCAGUGCGCGACUUCUUGUUGAGUCGCUGCGCGUCACCAGACCCCUGAAGAGCGUGCAGGUCCCAGAGACGCAGGUGGCCACGUUCGAGUGCGAGGUGUCGCACUUCAACGUGCCGUCCACAUGGCUUAAAGACGGCGUGGAGAUCGAGAUGAGUGAGAAGUUCCGUAUCGUGGUUCAGGGGAAGCUGCACCAGCUGAAGAUCAUGAACACCAGCCGGGACGACUCGGCCGAGUACACCUUCGUGUGCGGGAACGACCGCGUGUCGGCCACGCUCACCGUCAGCCCUAUCCUGAUCACCUCAAUGCUGCAGGACCUGAAUGCUCAGGAGAAAGACACGGUCACUUUCGAGGUCAACAUCAACUAUGAGGGAGUAGCCUACAAAUGGCUGAAGAACGGCGUGGAGAUCCGUUCCACUGACAGAUGCCAGGCUCGCUGCAAACAGCUGACGCACUCGCUGAGCAUCCGCAACGUUCACUUCGGAGACACUGCCGAGUACUCUUUGUCAGGCUCAGCCGUCACCACCGCCAAGCUCUAUGUGGAGGCUCGCGUUGUUGAUUUCACCAAACACCUGAAGGACCUGAAGAUCACUGAGAAGAAGAGAGCAACAUUUGAGUGUGAAGUAUCUGAACCAAACGUACUGGUGAUGUGGAUGAAGGACGGUCAGGAGCUGGAGACAUCCGACAGAUACAAAAUGUCCUCCGAACAGUUUUGACCGUCUGGUUUGCCAUCUGUCCGGUUUGCCGAUGCUGGCGAAUACACCGCUGUGGCAGGGUCCAGUAUGUCCAAGGGCCACCUGUCAGUCGAAGGACGAGACAUCAGGAUCUCUGAGCCGGUCAGCAGAGACGUCACGGUUGUGGAGAAACAAAGAGCAACCUUUGAGUUUGAAGUGAGCGAGGAUGAUGUGGAGGGACGCUGGAUGAGGAAUGGGGUAGAGAUCCAGUUCUCCACGGAAGAGCGGUUCACCUACGCUACCAUCCGGCGGCUCCACCGGCUCACCAUCGCUGAGACCUACAGGAGCGAUGCUGGAGAGUAUACCUUCUUAGCUGGCAAGAACCGGAGCACAAUGAAACUCCAUGUCCGAUUGCCAGAGCCUCCUCAGAUCAUUCGCCACAUGCAGGCACUGACAGCCAUGUCGGGCCGCUCAGCUCGGUUCUCGGCUCAGGUGAGUGGCCUGCCACAGCCCCAGGUGUCCUGGUUCAAGGACUCCCAGGUUCUCUACACCAGCCAGAAGUGCAAAAUCCUCCACGAUGAGAACGAGCACACGCUGCUGCUGGAGGUCUUCCCCGAGGAUGCCGGCAUGUACAGCUGCCAGGCCAAGAACGACUUCGGAGAGGCGAUGAGCUCAGCCCAGCUCAAUGUGGAGGUUCCUGAAGUAGUGGAAGUGUCUCGGGUGUCGGCUCCAGUCCUCACGUCACCACUCAGAGACGUCCUGGCCUCAGAGGGAAGCGCUGCUCAGUUUCAGUGCACCGUCUCUGGGGAAGAUGUGCAGGUUUCCUGGUUCUGUAACGACAGAGAGGUCAGGCAGUCUGACAUCUUCAGGAUGUCUCAGUACGGAGACACCUUCCAACUGGACAUUUCCAGAGUCCUGCCGGGACAUGCAGGAGAGUACUCCUGUGUGGCCUCCAACCUGGCAGGAAUGGUCACAUGUUCGGCUUCUUUGCACAUUGACGGUGAGUCCAGCGUUUGUCUGUGUGAUGAAAAAGCCUUAGCUAGCGCGUCGGGCGCUGGGGCGGCGACUCAAACAGCUCAGAGAGCGGAGGCUUUCACGCAGAGCUUCAGCUCGCACACGCUCCACUUUACCCACACGCUCUCCGAGAGCUCCUCGCUGCACGUUGAGAUGGAUGGCGGUUCAAGUCUGGGCGUGGCCCCCCAGCUGCUGAUGGAGAUGAGCGAUAUCCGAGUGAGGAGUGGCGAGGCGGCCGCGUUCAACUGCUCGUUUGGCGGACCGCCACUAACCGGCGUGGCGUGGGAGCAUGACGGCCGCAGCGUGGUGGACUCGGAGCGGGUGAGGCGCUCCCGCAGCGGGGGCGUGUUGUCCCUGCUCAUCCAAAGUUCAUCCCACCCCACCCCUCCCAGCAGGCGACCGCGGGCGGACGGGGCGGGCCGUGCCACGUCCCCCGCCGACCCCCGCCGCAAACUGGACACCAAGGAAAGGUCGGGGCUGCAGAACGAGACGCAGCGCCGCCUGCUGAGCACGCUGUGUUUCCCCGACGUGGAGCGCAGCCACAGCUGCGGCCCGGACUUCCUGAUCCGGCUGCGAACCGCGCCGCAGGGCCGGGGCUCGCUGCUUUGCGUUACGAGGGGGCUCUCCGCCCCGUUUGUCAUAUGGCUGUGUGAGCCGUUGAGUGUGGAGGACUCGCUGUGUUCCUCCGUGAAGCGCGAUGGCCCCCUGUGCAGCACACAGGGGGGUCUCCACCUGCAGGGCUCCAGGAGCUCUGUGGAGACUGAGUGCAGCUCAGUCCACAAAGUCCCUGCAGGAGGUCCGGACGCUGAGUCUCGGCGGGACAUGACAGCCUUCUCUAGCUCAACCAUCAUGAUGACAGAAGAAAGCCGGGAGUCGUUCUCCACCAGCCUAAAGUUGCCACAAAAAAGCAGAACACUUGAACUCGAGACAGAAUCCAAACGCCUCUCCAGCUCUUUGGGGAAGAAAAAAGAAAAACCGCUUUUCCUCAGCCAACUUUCUCCAGUUGUAGCGACUGUUGGAGAACCUGCUACCUUUACGGUGCGGGUGUCUGGCUUCCCCAAGCCCGCGAUUCAGUGGACCCACAACGGGCAGACUGUCACAUCCUCGUCACUGUACACGUUCACUCAGGAGCGAGAUGAGUACAGUCUGAUCAUUAACCGGGUUCACCGGGAGUCCGAGGGAGAGUACUCCUGUACGGUCAGCAACCGGUUUGGCCAGUGCACGAGCUCCUCUUACCUGCAUGUGCAGGUGGAGUCCAAACGGGAGGUGUUCGGGAAAUCUCCUGAGUUUAUCAAAACUAUCGAGUCUGUUCAGCUGCGGGAGGGCGGUCAGGUCUUCUUCAGGUACGAAGUGACCGGAGAUCCCCUCCCCCAGGUUCAGUGGCUCAGAGGUAGCCUCCACGUUCAGCCCAGCGGGUUCUGCAUCAUUGUGAACAACCCAGACGGGUCAGGCUACAUCAACAUUAAGAGCAUCAAACAGGAGCACGGUGGUGUGUACACUAAGGCCUCCAACCAGUAUGGAGAGGCUUCGUGUACAGCAGAGCUGCUGGUGCUGACAGAGGAGCCUCAGGAGGAGAUAGUCCAGAAAACUAAAAGUCUGAAGAUCUCCAUGACUGAGCAAACGAGUGAGUCCAGACUGUACCAGGAGCGCACUCGGUCUGAUCAGAUGAUUUAUACCAUAAGCACCCAGGACCGGCAGAUCAUCCCCAGUGAAGAGGUGGAAAUCCUCGGUGAGCUCAAUAUCUCAGCUGCCACCAUGCAGCGAGAGCUCCUCACCCAGCAGGCGGCAGUACUGCAGUCACACGAGACGGAGAGGGUCUCUGUGGCGCCCUGCCAUCCUGCUCGCGUUUCGGCUGUGCCUGCCAAACAGCUUCACAUGGCCGCCUUCUUAUCAUCUGUCCAUGAGAAACAAAAGAUCACUGAGCAGCACUCUGAGCGAAUCCUUAGCCCGGAGGUCAUCGAGCUCGAGUUUACCAAGGAGCAGCAGGCUAAGCUGAUGUCUGCCACAUCUGAGGAGGUCCUGCCGCUCUCCACCGUGAGAGCCGAGGCCUUGACGGACCGAAUCCCCGAGCAAAGGCUCCUCUCCAGCAAGCCACAGCAGCUGGUCAGUGGUCACCUGGUGGAGUCGGCUUUGUCGAUCCAGGAUGAGAUUUCAGGUGAUGUGCACAGACCAGAGGAGGAGAGGAGCUUCAAAGUCACAGAGGGUGUAAAGAUUUUGUACUCAGCUCAGUCAGCAGGGCAGCUGCUCCUCACAGAGGGACACUCGCAGCCUCUGCCGGCUCCAGACACAGCCACUCAGCCCCUGCUUGAAAAAGAGCAGCCCAAACCCACAAUAGCACCAGUGAAUGAGAGCCAGAUAGUUUUAUCUAAAGAGCAGAGGUUUGACAUCCAAGAACCAAAGCAGGACCGGGCCACUGCAUGUAAAGACAGGGUAUUUAAAUCUGUUGUGACCACUGAGGAGAUGUUUGAUCUGCAGGCCGAUCAGGUGGGGCAGGUGCCGAGCAUCGCCACCUCGGUAAGUCUGCAGCCUCAGCGUGAAGGAGAGCGACUCCUUAGCCUACAAGUCAUCAGUGAUCAGGACAUCUUACAGUCCGAGGGUCAGUUUAGCAGCGAGAAGCCCAUCGUGGAGCGAGCUGAUGCUCGGAAGAGUCCCACCCUGCUCCAUGUGGUGACUCAAGAAGAGCAGAGGUCAUUGGUCUGUGAGGCGACCAACCAGUUCACCGCCAAGACCGACACCUCCUCCAUUCAGCCAGUGAAAGAGCCACUACCAACAAAAUACCUGCAGUCUGUCCAGUCUCUGCCGGUUCUACCAAAGGAGGAUGUACUCAUCGUUGCCAAGCCAGACCAUCAGGUGGCAGCACAGAAGCAGGAGAAAGCUAGGAGGCAUGCAGCAACCUCAGAGGAAAGAAGAACUGUCAUGGCAGAUUAUCACAAAGAUCUUGAUGUGUCAGUAGAGGGUGUGAAGCCACAGCUUCGCACUGAGGCCAGACCUCUCAGCAUCCUCAGCAUGUCCUCCCAGCCCCUGCAACUGCCAAAGGAAACCCUGUUAGAAGCUGACAUCAAGAGGCAACGAGCUCUGGUGCAAAAGGAAGACUUCUGGAACCUCAGAGUCCGUAAUGUCACAGACACUCAGACUCUGGAAGAGGGUCACACCACCAGUUUGGAAAAUGUACAGAAAUUUGAAACUGACGUGAAAAUGGAGCCCAAGAUCCCGAAAAAGCCCAUUUUCAUAGAAGAGAAGGCUGUUGCUACUGAAAGCUGCACUGUCUUAACAGCUGCUGAGCAGGACUUUGCAAUCCAAAUCCAGGAGGGACAGUCCAUCCGGCAGUCAGUGCUGCUCGAGGAAAAGCAGGUGAUCCUGGGGGAGCAGUCAAGUGAAAUCCAUAAAUCUGUGAGCUCAACAGCGAACAUUAGGAAUCAGCCUCAGGAAAUGGUGUCGGUUCAUGAGUCUCAGGAUGCUCAGACUCUGCCCAAAGAGCUCCACUUUGUCAUUAACAUCCCCAAACCAUCUGUCGUGAAUGUCCGAACUCAACUCAGAGAUGCCCUGCUGUCAGCUGUGGCCAGCGACCGGCCGGUUCUCCUGGCCGACGUUGUCAGUCUAUUGCAGUCAGUGCAGAUUCAGGAGGUGAAAGUCCAGAGGGAGCCCAGAAUGGCCACAUGUACAUACCUGAUCACGUCCCCUGGAGCUCCUCUGGAAAUUACGCUGUCCUUCGAAGGUGAAUACCCUCAGAAGGCAGACCUCCGGGCCGAGCUGCAGGUGGCACUACACGCUAUGGUUUCCCAGGAGCAGCAGAGUCUGACUUCUGAGCGUCCCGGGACGGUACCGAUCGACACCCCACAGAGGGUGCAGGUCCGUUCAGUGCCCUCCAGAGAGGUGCUGUCCUCAGUCGUAGACUCUGUGAUGGUGACAGAGAGCACCGCCGGGUUUCCUGCGGUGGCGUCUCAGUCUGCGGUCGUCAGGACUGAAGCCGAGGCUCCAUUCCAGAGCGCCGCAUUCCAGAGUCAGACAGAGAUCCAUGAGGCCCGACAGCAGAGUCGGACCACCGUCAAGUCCCAGCAGAAAGCUGCUGCUGAGGUGACUACCAUGGUGGUCGCUGGUCAGACCUCAGUGGAACAAUACGUGGACGUCUUCGUCCACAGAGAAACCCGGGAGGAGUAUCUUUCUGAGGCCAUCAUGAUCAGCGAGUCCUCUGACAGUCUGGUGGACUACCCUGUUUUUACCAGUCCACUGGAGGAUGUUUGUGCUGAGGAAAACGGUAAAGCAGUUUUCACUGCUACCAUAAAGUUUGUGAGUAGAGUCAACUGGUUCUUCAAUGGGCAGCUCCUGAAAUCUGACAAAGAGUUCAAGUGUUCCAAAGACCGCGACACGUACACGCUAGUUAUCCACAGAGUGGUGAAGGAGCGGCAUCAAGGACAGUAUGUCUGUGAGGCUGAAAAUGAAGCCGGCAAGAUCACCACAUCCUCAAGGCUCACAGUGGUUCCACGAGUGAAGCCGGUGUUCAUUCACCGCAUCGCGCCCAUGGAGGUCACCAUCGGCCACGUGGCCAAGUUCGAGUGUGAAACGGAGGAUGCUCCUAAUGUGAGCUUCAAGUGGUUCAGAGAUGGACAGCCAAUCAAAGACGGCGAUAAGUACCGCAUCAUCAGCCGCUUCAGGACCUCCUCUCUGGAGCUGCUCAGCCCCGCGAGGGAGGACAGCGCAGAGUACUCCUGCCGGGCGUCCAAUCAACACGGCGCCGAUGAAUGUUCGGCCUACCUCAGCGUGACAGAGAGGUCCCCCCCUGUGUUUGUAACUAAACCUGAACCUCACACUGGCUUUGUGGGGAAGAGGGCCGUGAUAUUCGGUGUGAUAUCAGGGUCUGCUCCCCUCACUGUGGUCUGGUUCAAAGAUGAGCAGCCUCUGCCCAUCAUGCCCACACGCUACCACACCUCUUGUGAAAAGAAUAAGCACACUCUUGAGAUAAGGAGUCUGGAGACAACUGACAGGGGCCGAUAUGUGUGCAAGGCGUCCAACAGUGUUGGGACGGCCGAGUGUGGCGCAGAGCUGCGUGUGGUUGAUAAGCCGCGUUUCGUAAAGCCACUGGGCCCGGUGGCGGCUGUGUGGGGAGGUCCCCUGCACCUGGGUCAGGUGGACGAGGACAUUGGAGUCACCGUUGCCUGGACCAGAGACGGCAGGAGAGUGCACCAGUCUCCGGACUGUAAGCUGUCUUUUGAGGUGAAGGCAGUCACUCUUGAUAUCCCAAAGACCACCCUGAAGGACUGUGGUGAUUAUGUGUGCACGGUGACCAACGAGGCCGGGAGUGCAUCCUGUUCCACCUCGGUGAAAGUUCAAGAGCCACCAGUCUUUGUUAAGAAGCUGGAGGCCUCCACAGUGUGGAAGCAGGGCAGCAGCGCACGGCUGCAGUGCGCCGUCACUGGAUCCCCUGAACUCCACUGCAGCUGGUUCUUCAACGACAGCCCACUGAGUGCCGGCGGUCGCAGCACCGUCACCAUGAAGGACGGCGUUUCCACGUUAGAGGUCCAGGAUGUCAUGCUGAGUGACAGUGGGAACUACACCUGUGAGGCUGUCAAUGACUCCGGAAGUGAGAUCUGCAGCACCAAAGUCACAGUGAAAGAACCCCCGUCUUUCAAGAGGGAGUUACUGUCCCUGGAGGCAGUGCGAGGCUCGGUCGCCGUCUUGGAGUGUGAGAUUACGGGCUCGGCUCCUCUUGAAGUCUCUUGGAAAAAGAAUAAGAAACGUCUGACCGGAGAUAAGAAGCACCGAAUAGUGUCGCAGGGAGCACUGGCCUCUCUGGAGAUCCAAUCCUUUGAGAGCGCAGACGCUGGUGAAUACGAGUGUACAGUUUCAAAUGAGGUCGCAGUAACUUCCAAGUCUGGCCUCAAACAGAAAGAACCACCAAUGUUCUCUAAGAGGAUUGAGAGUACAACAGCAGUUUUGGGCAACGCAGUGAAGCUGCAGGGAACUCUGAAGGGCUCAGCUCCAAUCAUUGUGAAGUGGAUGAAAGAUUCUGAGCUGCUCAGAGACGAUGAUUCCAACAUCAAGAUGACGUUUGAGAAUAAUGUGGCCAGCAUCUCGUUCUCCUCUAUCGAGCUAAAACAUGGCGGCAAGUACACAUGUGUCGCUGAAAAUGAGGCGGGGCAGCAGAAAUGUGAAGCCGUCUUAUCCAUUCAAGAACCUGCCAGGAUCACAGAGAAAGCGGCAUCCAUCAGCGUGACAGCCGGCGAGGCGGCCACACUGGAGUGUGCCAUCUCUGGAAGCCCCGAACUGAAAGUAAAAUGGUUCAAAGACGGAAAAGAGAUGAUCAGCGGGCGUAAAUAUAAGAUGACAAUUAAGGAAAAUAUUGCUGCCUUAAAGAUUCUGUCGGCAGACAAAGGCGACACUUCCGAGUACACCAUGGAGCUGUCGAAUAAAGUCGGCAAAGACCAGUGCACCUGCUCAGUUACCGUGAUAGAUCGAGCUGUUCCUCCAUCAUUUACCAAAUCUCUAAAGAAGGUGGAUGCCAGCAUCGGUAGUGAUGUUACGUUGGAAUGCAGACUCACUGGGUCACAGCCGAUUGUUGUCUCGUGGUACAAAGACAACAAAGAAAUCCGCAGUGACAACAGAUACAAGAUUGAUUUCAGUGAGAGUCGAGCCUCUGUCACCAUAACAGGCCUGGAUCAGAGCGAUGGUGGAGUAUAUAUGUGCCGCGCUUCUAAUGACGCCGGACAGAAAGAAAGCAGUGGCACCUUGUCCGUUAAAGAACCUCCAUCCUUCACGAUGAAACCAGAGUCCCAGGAUGUUUCACCAGGAUCCAACGUGGUCAUUAGAUCAGCGUUUGUGGGAUCGGCUCCAAUGAUCAUUAAAUGGUUCAGAGAGGACAAAGAGAUUUUCACUGGGGGUAAAUGUUUCAUAAAGAAAGACGCCUCCUCCAGCUCUCUGGAGCUUCACUCUGUCAAACCCAGCGACUCUGCUAAGUAUACUUGCCAAGUAUCCAACGGCGGGAAAGUGGACUGCACUGUGGUCCUCUUCGUUAAAGAAGCACCAACAUUUACAAUGAAACUUGAGCCUUCACAGCUGCUGAAAACGGGACUGCCUCUCAGGCUGUCCUGCAAAGUGCAGGGCACACCCGUGAUUAGCAUCACGUGGUUCAAAAACGGCUCAGAAGUUGUUUCCGACGCCAGGCACACCAUGACCUUCGACGGCUCGAUAGCCACUCUGGAAGUAGACAACUGCUCUGUAGACGACAGUGGAGAAUAUGUGUGUGUGGCAUCGAGCGAGGCCGGCAAAGACCAGAGCAGCACCUCUGUGUCAGUCAAAGAGCCUCCAGUGUUUGUGAGGUCUUUUGAAUCCUCUGAGAUUGUGAAGGGAGCGGACAUUUUCUUGGAAGGAACCGUUUCUGGUUCUGCUCCCUUUGAAAUGAGUUGUUUCCUCAAUGAAAAGCCGCUGAGAAAUGACAAGAGACAUAAGAUGAGUGUUGAAAAUGAGACAGUGAGCCUGCAGGUCUCAGACUGUGAGAGCACUGAUGCCGGGACGUACCGGUGCACAGUCACCAACGAGGUCGGCGAGGCAUCUUGUUCUUGCCAAAUUUCCCUGAAAGAACCGCCUUCGUUUAUUCAGAAACUAGAGGAAAUGUCCUGCAUGGUGGGCUCUGAAAUCACUAUGAAGUGUGUAUUGUCUGGAUCUCUGCCCAUGACCUUCUCCUGGAUGAAAGACGAUCAAAAGCUCACAGACGAUGAGCACUUUCAGAUGUCAUGUGAUGAACGAAUUGCCACGUUGACCCUGAGAAACGCUCUGGUGUCACACGGUGGCAAAUUUAUGUGUGAGGCUCAGAACAAAGCCGGGACUCAGCGCUGUGCCGCUGGUCUGGUAGUGACAGAACCUGCAAACAUUACCGAGCAGGCAAAGUCCGUCAGUGUGACACAGGGCGAUCCAGCCCGGCUGGAGUGCCGCUUCUCAGGCACCAAACCGCUCAAAGUGAAAUGGAUGAAGGAAGGAAAAGAGCUGAAGUCAGGCCUGAGGUUUAAGAUCCAGAGCAGAGACAACACCUCGGUGCUACAGGUCCUCCGCACAGAGAGUAGCGACGCUGGCGAAUACACCUGCGAGGUGUCCAAUGUUGCCGGCAGUAGUGCAUGUGAAGCGUCAGUCACAGUUUUAGAGCCACCGUAUAUUGUCCAAAAACCCCAAUCCGCAGAGGUUUUGCCCGGAUCGAAGGUGACAUUUAGUGUCCAAAUGUCUGGCACGCCACCGCUGACCAUCAAAUGGUUCAAAAACCAGAAAGAGAUCUUAUCCAGUGCCAAUUGUUCUGUGGUCAAAAAUAGCAGCUCCAGCUCACUUCAGCUGUUCUUUGCUAAAACGUCAGACACUGGAGACUAUGUCUGCGAAAUCCAGAACGACGUGGGCACCACGUCCUGCCCUCUCUUUGUCAAAGAACCUCCGUAUUUCAUAGAAAAACCAGAGGAUGUUUCAUUAGUGCGAGUUGGGGACAGCAAGAUGUUUGAGUGUAAAGUUGCCGGUACUUCACCGAUCUCAGUACGUUGGUUCAGAGAUGGAGCUGAAAUACAGCAAACUUUCAGGCACAAGACGACAUUUUCAGAUUCUGUGGCCACGUUGGAGAUCUAUGAAGUUGAUGAAAGUGAUGGUGGAAAAUACUUCUGUGAGAUCUCCAACGAGGCCGGUGUGGAGAGCUGCACAUUCGGUCUUGACGUGAAAGAAAUACCUUCUUUCAUCGAGGAACUGUCAUCUCUACAAGUUGUUAAAGGUUCAACCGUGGCAUUUGACUGCAAACUGGCAGGAAGUGCUCCUUUUAAUGUCACGUGGUUUAAAGAUCAAAAGCCAAUCAAGUCCAGCCAAAAGUUCCUUAUUGUUGAUGGCGAGAAGGUGGGCCUUAAGGUCCAGGACUGUAGAGAGGAGGAUGUUGGGGCUUAUCGAUGUGUGGUCACCAAUGAGGUUGGGAGUUGUGAAAGUUUUGCCUCAUUAUCUCUUAAAGUUCCUCCGAUAUUUGUCAAGAAAAUCGAAAAUGUCUCCACUGUUGUGGGAGACGUUGCUGUGUUUAGCUGCCUUGUGGACGGUUCACCACCUCUCUCGGUGCAGUGGCAAAAAGAUGAGAACUGGAUCUCAGAGGAUCCAAAGAUACAGAGGACAUUUGAGAACAACCAGGCAUUUCUGAGGAUCCCUGCCUGUGAGGCCACUCAUGGUGGGAGAUACACCUGCCAGGCUGUGAAUGAAGCUGGGCAGGACAAAUGUGUUGCCACCCUGAUCGUACAAGAACCACCAACCAUAAAACAGAAACCAGAGCUGGUCAAAGUGACCCGUGGAGAUCCGGUUAGUCUUGAAUGCAAAGUAGCCGGUACUCCUCAGAUCAAUGUGAGAUGGGUCAAAGAUGGUAAAGAGCUCGAAUCGAGCAGGAAGCAUCAUCUGCAGUAUGAGAACCAGCUGAGCAGUCUGAACAUAGCAGCCUCUGAGCUGCAGGACGGCGGCGAGUACCUGUUUGAAGCGAGGAACGCGGUGGGGACGUGCAGUUGUAAAGUCACACUGGUGGUUUUAGAGGAGGUCAUCCCUCCCACCUUCAUUAGGAAACUGACAGACAUUCAAGCUCUCAUGGGCUCACUGGUGACUCUGGAGUGCAAAGCUGCCGGCUCUCAGCCACUGUCAGUUCAAUGGAGCAAAGGGAAAGAAAAUAUCAGCAGCAGCUCCAAGUACAAACUGCUGCAUGCUGACAAUACCAUGUCUCUGGAGUUCAAACUGAGCCAGAGUUCAGACACGGGAGAGUACUCCUGUAAAGUUUCCAAUUCAGCCGGCAGCUGUGUGUGCAGCGGCGUCCUCACUGCCAAAGUGCCUCCCAGGUUCACAGUCGAGCCCGAGUCUCAGGCUGUCAUCCCAAAGUCUGACGUGCUCCUCAAGAGCGUCUUUGAAGGGACACCACCCUUUACGGUGAAAUGGUACAAGGAUGAGGUGGAGCUAAUCACGGGGCCACAGUGCACCGUCAGACUGGAGAAAAACUCCUCGUCUGUGGAACUGCACUCUGUCGGGCCUCUGCACAGCGGCUCUUACUCCUGCCAAGUUAGCAAUGAAGCCGGUGCAGUGAAAAGUGCGGCAGAGUUGUUGGUGAAAGAGCCUCCUCAGUUUGUCGUCAAACUGCCUCCCACUACCUUUGUGAAGCAGUGUGAAGGACACCGCUUCGAAUGCAAGGCCACCAGCGCUCAAUCCCUGAAAAUGUGCUGGUACAAAAAUGACCAAAAGAUAACCGACAGCGACAACUAUAAAACAAUGUUUGUCGACUCCACCGCGUACCUGCAGCUGAACAGUGCCAGGUUCGAGGAUAACGGCACCUUCACGUGUGAGGCGUUCAAUGACGCCGGCUCUGCCAGCUGCAGCACCGUGCUCACAGUUCAAGAAUCACCUUCCUUUAUUAAAACUCCCAGCCCAGUGGAGGGCAUCAAAGGAAAAGACGCCAGCCUGCAUUGUGAGAUAUACGGCACCCCACCUUUCCAGGUCAGCUGGUACAAAGACAGGAGGCCUCUUAAGGAGAGUAGAAGGCAUAAGAUUGUCUCUGAGGGAACCUCUGCCGCUCUUCAUAUUAUGAAACUAGAGCAGGAUGACAUCGGCCUCUACGAGUGCCGAGUGUCGAAUAAUGUGGGAAGUGAGUCCUGCCGCACCAACAUCACUCUGAAAGAACAACCGGCGUUCGUCAAGAAACUGGUUGACCAGUCAGUGCAAGUCAAUCAGCAGCUGGUGCUCACGGCCACUGUGAAGGGCUCCGAGCCUCUGACAGUGUCCUGGGUCCAGGACAAAGACCACAUCCUGAGAGAAGGUGACAACAGAAAAAUCACCUUUGAGAACAACGUGGUCACUCUUAUAGUUCCCAAAGCUGACUUGGCCACGGCCGGGAAAUACACUUGCCAACUGAGGAACGACUCCGGUGUGGUGGAGUCUGUCUCCCAAGUGACCGUCCUAGAACCGGCUGCCAUCGUGGAUAGUCCCGAGUCCUUGAAUGUGAAGUCUGGAGAUAAUGUGUCUCUGGAAGUUACCGUUUCUGGUUCACCAGAGCUGAAAAUUAAGUGGUUCAAGGACAAUAAGGCCAUUUCUGUGGGUGCCAAGUAUCAAACAGUCUUCUCCAAAAAGGUUGCAACCCUGAAGAUUCGCUCUGCUGACAAAGGAGAUGCUGGAGAUUACAAGGUGGAGGUCACAAACCCCAUAGGCACAAAGAGUUGUGCAUCAGCAGCCUGUUCACAAAUUUUACUGUGUUAUUUUCUGACAAUAGAUAAGUUGAUUCCUCCGAGCUUCAUCAGGAAGCUGCGGGACACCCACCUGGUUGUGGGUAAACCCGGCGAGAUGGAGUGUAAGGUCACCGGUUCUCCUCCUUUGACCACUUCCUGGCUCCACAAUGGUGAAGAGAUCAAGAGCGGCCCGAACUACGACAUUAGCUGCACCGAUAACAGCUGCAAACUCAAAGUUCUCAGCAUCAGCAUGUCUGACGCUGGCAAAUACACAUGCAAAGCAACCAAUGACGCCGGCGCUAGUGAGACAAGUGCUACCAUGAAUGUGACAGAGCCUCCUUCUUUCCUCGAACCACCCGAGAACAAAGAAACCCUGCCUGGCAACAAUGUGUCUUUCGUGGCUAGAGUGCAAGGCAGCAUGCCCUUGAAGGUGAAGUGGUUCAGGGGGGUGAAGGAGAUGCUGCACGGCCGCGGCUGCGAGAUCUCUCUGAAGAACGACGUGGCCACUCUGGUGCUUCACCGAGUGGACACGUCGCAUGCAGGAGAGUACACGUGCCAGGCCAUCAACGAGGCCGGCAAAGAGAGCUGCCCAGUUUAUCUGUUUGUUAAAGAGCCCGUCCGCUUCGUGAAGAAGCUGAGGGACAUUUCCACUGAGAAGGACAAGCCGUUGAGGCUGGAGGUCACGUUUGCCGGUACACCACAGGUCAACGUGAGCUGGAAGAAGGACGGAAAACCCAUCUGGGGCUCGUAUCAGUACAACGUGAUUUCCACCGACACCUCCUGCAUCCUGGAGGUUCUUAACUCUGACCGGCUGGAGGCGGCUGGUAGAUACUCUUGCGAGGUAGACAACGGAGUUGGAAGUGACCGAUGUGAAGCUCAAGUUUCCAUUCUAGAGCGCCCAUACUUUGUUGACAAGAUGCUGCCGCUGGCUGGUUGUGGUGAAUCCAUCACCCUCGAAUGCCGUAUCGCAGGAACACCCGACAUCUCCGUUUCUUGGUUUAAAGCUGGCGGGAAGCUGCGAAAGUCCAACACGUGCUCCAUGGAUUUCGUGAACGGUGUGGCCUCUUUGAAAGUGAUCAAUAGCACCAAGCUCGAUUAUGGCGAGUACACCUGCAGGGCUGAGAACCGCAUGGGCUCAGCCUCCACCUGCUGCCAAGUGACGGUGACAGCGGCAGCCAGCGUGUACGUCUCCUGGCGGAAGGACGGGAAGCCCAUCUGGGCCUCCUACAAGUACAACGUGAAGACCAGCGAGUCCACCUGCAUCCUGGAGGUCCUCAACAGUGACCGGCCCGAGGCAGCCGGCUCGUACUCCCAGAGAGCGUACGUGACCUGGAAGAAGGACGGGAAGCUCAUCUGGGCAUCCUACAAGUACAAUGUGAAGACAACCCACGACACCUGCACCCUAGAGGUCCUCAACAGUGACCGCGAGGAUGCAGUGGGAAAAUACACCUGUGAGAUAACGAAUGCUGAAGGAAGCGAUGUCUGCCACGCUAAUGUGAAGCUAGAGCCGGUUAGCUUUGUGAGGAAGCUCAGAGACUGCUACUAUCAGGUGGGCCGGCCUCUGCAGCUGGACUGCACCUUCACUGGCAGUCAGAGAAUCUACGUCAGCUGGAUGAAGGAUGGGAAACCUAUCUGGGCUUCAUACAAAUACAACGUCCACACCACUCGCUUCUCCAGCACACUGGAUGUGCUCAACAGUGACCGGCAGGAAGCUGCCGGCAGGUACUCCUGCCAGAUUUCCAACUCAGAGGGGUCAGCGAUCUGCCACGCCACAGUCCAGAUAGAGCCCGUUAGCUUCACCAGCCCGCUGCAGGACACCACCUACAGGCUGGGCCAGCCUCUGCAGCUGUAUUGCGCCUUCAGUGCCAGCCCACCUCCACGUGAGCUGGAGGAAAGAUGGGAAACCCAUUUGGGCUCGUACAAAUACAAUGUGACGACCAGUCGGGACUGCAGCGUGCUGGAUGUGCUGAACAGUGACCGGCUGGAGGCCACUGGCACAUACUCCUGCGAGGUGUCCAACUCCCAAAACCAUGCGGUGUGCUCUGCACACGUCACACUAGAACCUGUGCGCUUCCUGAAGAAGCUGGAGGAUGUGACCUUCAGAGUCGGUCAUCCUCUCAAGCUUCAUGUCACCUUUACUGGCAGCCGCCACAUCCACGUGAGCUGGACUAAAGACGGGAAGCCCAUCUGGGCAUCGUACAAGUACAACGUGCACACGACAGACACCAGCUGCGAACUGGAGGUGCUGAAUAGCGACAGGGAGGAGGCUGCCGGGAAAUACUCCUGUCAGAUAUCUAACGCUAGCAGCUCCGACAUCUGCCACGCACAGGUCACUUUAGAACAAAAAGUCCCUCCAACCUUCACCAAGAGGCCCUCAGAGUCCAUGGUGGACUCGGUAGGUAAGACAGUGAAGAUGGAGGGUAGGGUGUCAGGCUCUCAGCCUCUGACCGUCACCUGGUACAAGGACAACAAUCAGAUCACCCCGUCUGGAAAAUACGAUGUCAGCUUCCAGAGCAAUGUGGCCACGCUGAGCGUGAAAGACUCCAAAGACACUGACAGCGGCUUGUACAUCUGUGAAGUCGCUAACGAUGCUGGCAAAGCUUCCUGUCGGGUUUCUCUUUCCAUCUCAGAAGGUGGCCAGGCUCCGAAGUUUGACACUCCUCUGGAGCCAGUGUCGGUUGGCGAGGGUGACAAGCUGAACCUGCGCUGUCACGUGACUGGCACCCCUCCUCUCACCAUUCAAUGGAUGAAGGACCGCCGGGAGCUCAGGUCCAGCGGAAACACCCGCAUCACAUUUGUGGGUGGGACAGCAAACCUGGAAGUCAGCCAAGCGUCCAAGAGCGAUGCCGGAGAUUACCUGUGCAAAGCUAGCAAUGCUAGUGGGAGUGACUUCUGCAAGUCCAGAGUCACUGUCACCGUGAAACCAUCCGCUGCGGAGCCCGCUGCCGCCCCCGCUGCCGCCCCCGCUGCCGCCCCGGCUCCCGCUGCUCCAGUCAAACGGCUUGAUAAUCUGUUCUUCAUCGAAGAGCCACAGAACGUCGCCGUCACAGAAAAGGGAACCGCAACCCUCAUUGCCAAGAUUGGAGGUGACCCCAUCCCCAGCGUGAAGUGGAUGAAGGGCAAGUGGAGGCAGAUGACCCACGGUGGACGCAUCUCCCUUGAACAGAAAGGGCAGGAUGCCAAACUGGAGAUCCGAGACGUGACCAAGUCUGAUGCUGGCCAGUACCGCUGUGUGGCCACCAACAAGCACGGUGAGAUUGAGUGCAGCGCGGACAUCGAGGUCCGCAAGAAGGAGGAAGCAGGAGGACUCGGCGACCUAAGGACCAUGCUCAAGAAAACUCCAUCCAAGCAGAAGAGUCCCAAAAAGGAUGAGGAGGUGAACAUUGUGGAGUUGCUCCGAGGCCAUGACCCCAAAGACUACGAGAGGAUUCUGCGAGAGCAUGGCAUCCAUGACUACAGAGCCAUCCUGCAAGCUGUUGAGUUCCUCAAGAAGGAGAAGGAGAUGGAGACCUCCAAAGUGGAGGUGGAGCGUGGAGGUCGUGUUGAAGAGGAGGACAUGGCCAGACUGAUGCAGCAGCUGGAAGGAAGUGUAGCAGCUGAGACAGCCACAGAGAACCAGAGUGCCACCUUCCAGUGUCAGAUCCGCAUCAACUACCCAGAGAUUGCGCUUACCUGGUAUAAAGGUACAACGAAGCUGGACAGCAGUGACAAUUAUGAAAUUAGCAGCGUGGGUGACCGCCACUUCCUGAAGAUCCGCCACUGCCAGCUCAAAGACCAGGGCAACUACCGUGUGGUGUGCGGCCCCCACAUCUCCAAUGCCAAGCUCAGCGUCACAGAAGCCAAAAGGCCUGUUGAGGAGCAGGUUUCAAGGAAGCAGGUGGAGAUGCGAGGAGACGUCCCUGAAGAGCCUUCAGUUUACCCCAAACCUGAACCAGAACCACAGAUGGUUCCCAGAAAGGAACCUCAGCCACCCAUGACUACCGAGAAAGCACUACCUGCUGUCCCCGAGCCCAAGCAGGCCAGAGUGAGUCCUGAAGCUCCAGAAACUUUGAGGAAGACUGAGGAAGCGGCUAAAGCCAGAG